CUUGUCGGGGAUUGGUCGAGGAGCUUUACUUCCAAUAAUAUAAACAUGUCUGCUGUCUUGGCUCUGCUAAAGCGCGGCGUGUAGAAGGAACUUCUACUUCCACAGUUCUGUUUCAAACUGUAAGUUUGAGUGAAGAUUAUGCGUUUUUUACGGGCAAGUUGAUUUCGCAUCAGACUUCUGCACCAAAGAUUUGGCAAGAAUUUGUGCACGCGUGAGAAAAUGGAAAAAUCCUUCUGCGAGAGAGACUCUGCCGUUCUUGUGUCAUUGUAAUCACCAGCAUCCCCGGUGCUCCUCCAGUAUUUUGGUGUUCGGUGAGAGAAGUGACCAGAGUAUAGACCCCUCCUCUGCAGGGCGGAGCGUCGAGUUGCCAUUUCGAUCUUGUGUGUGUGUGUGUGUGUGUUUUUGCCUGCUCGUCUGCACUGAGUGAGUGGCAUUGGCACUCUGUCAAUCGCUCACCGCCGCUGCCAUCAAACAACAUAAAACACACACAGGCGGAGGCUGAGCUCAUAAAUUUCAGCAGGCAGAUCUUUUUGCGCAUCGCCUUACAACGUCUUGUUUAAUUAAUUUCUCGCUGUUUUUUUGAGUGCUCUGUUUCUCUCACGGUGUUAACUUUUCUACCGGGCCUGCUGUUCAUAUUUUUAUAGUGACGUUUGGACACCUAUGCCGCAGAUUAUUUCAUUUUUUGUAUUAUUAUUAUUAUUGCAGUUAUCGUGGACACCAUUUCUUUGCAUUUGAAGUGGGCAACAUUUGUGCCCGCUCGUAUUCACGAGUUGCAGUUGAUUUUUUUUGUUAACAUAUUUCCAUGUUGGAUAUUUUGACGAGGAGGAUUUGAAAAUUUGGAGGAUCCCAGAAGAGCGCAGAUGAAUGAGAGAUCAGCGAGGAGCGUCUCAUCCACCGCGCGUCAAAUCACAGAAAGACAGACUGGCCGAGCCUUCUGCGGGAUAUGAUCGACGAGAGUCAAUAAUGAGAAACAAGUUUUGACAAAAAAUAGCCUACAUGUGUUUUUCCACAACACUAAUUCCGCCGAGCGUCCGUUUGGACAGCGCGUAAAACACAAGAGGAUAACAACUGUUUGGACACUUAAAGCGGCGUCGGUGUCUUCCUACUUCGCGGGGUGUCAUUUGAUCACCUCGGUCACACAAUCGCAUUGCUAACCCUGAGACUACAACAUUUGUUGUAGCUGAUUUUGUAUAUGAGUUUUUCAAUUUGCGUGGCGCAGUGCACAGACUCUAUCGCGGCCAUGGACGAGCAAGCCCGCAUCAUGCAGUCCAUCGGCGGCGUCAGUCUGGCCGGCCACUCGGUCCAGGGAGGCAUGGCACUGCCGCCUCCGCACGGACACGACGGGACGGACGGAGACGGCAGGAAACAAGACAUUGGUGACAUUCUUCAUCAAAUCAUGACCAUUACCGAUCAAAGCCUGGACGAGGCGCAAGCAAAGAAACAUGGACUGAACUGUCACAGAAUGAAACCUGCACUCUUCAGCGUUCUCUGUGAAAUCAAAGAAAAGACAGGUCUCAGCAUCCGCGGGGCUCAGGAGGAGGACCCCCCGGACCCCCAGCUCAUGCGGCUGGACAACAUGCUGCUGGCGGAGGGUGUGUCGGGGCCGGAGAAGGGCGGGGGCUCGGCGGCCGCGGCGGCGGCGGCGGCUGCAGCGGGCGGGGCCGGGGACAACUCCAUCGAACACUCGGACUACCGGGCCAAGCUCACGCAGAUCCGACAGAUAUACCACACGGAGCUGGAGAAAUACGAACAGGCGUGCAACGAGUUCACCACCCAUGUGAUGAACCUGCUGCGGGAACAGUCGCGCACGCGGCCCAUCUCGCCCAAGGAGAUCGAGCGCAUGGUGGGCAUCAUCCACCGCAAGUUCAGCUCCAUCCAGAUGCAGCUGAAGCAGAGCACCUGCGAAGCUGUCAUGAUCCUGCGCUCAAGAUUCCUUGAUGCCCGGCGGAAAAGGAGAAACUUCAGCAAGCAGGCGACAGAGAUCCUGAACGAGUAUUUCUACUCACACCUCAGCAACCCUUACCCCAGCGAAGAGGCUAAGGAGGAGCUGGCCAAGAAGUGCAGCAUCACAGUCUCCCAGGGGGUGGGCAGCACCAUCACAGUGUCACAGGUGUCCAACUGGUUCGGCAACAAGCGGAUCCGGUACAAGAAGAACAUAGGCAAGUUCCAAGAGGAAGCCAACCUGUACGCCGCCAAGACUGCAGUCACUGCGGCGCACGCAGCCGCCGCGGCCGUUCAGAACAGCCAGACCAACUCCCCCACCACCCCAAACUCCGGAUUCCAGAUGAAAGAUGAGGAGUUUCAGCUGGAUUCUGCCGAGAGCAAAAACACUCUUUUAACCAACAUGUUCACUGGUUCCGCAGGGUCUUUUAGCCUCCCACACUCUGGGGACAUGGGGUUCUUGGGCAUGCAGAGUCUGAAUGGGCACUCUUACCAAGGGGCACAAGUCGGAGCCAAUGUACAGUCCCAGGUGGAUACCCUGCGUCAUGUUAUCAGUCAGACGGCAGGAUACAGUGAUGCGCUCCGGGGGAACACUAUGUACAGUCCACAUGGCUUGAGCGCUAACGGCGGCUGGCAAGACGCAACGACUCCCUCUUCUGUAAUAUCUCUGACGGAAGGACCCGGCAGUGUGCACUCUGAUACCUCCAAUUGAUCUGCUAGUAGUGCAUCUUAGCCCCAAGCUGGGCACAGACUCCUAUACGGGCCGACCGACUUCAAGAGGACAUACUUCAACUCCACAAUUAAUAC